UGUUCGUGUGUGUGUGUGUGUGUGUGUGUGUGUGUGUGUGUGUGUGUGUGUGUGUGUGUGUGUGUGUGUGUGUGUGUGUAUUUGUCGCCACUGAAACUUCCGCGAGUAAUCUUCAGUGUUUCGGCAUCAUGUCCAACAGUAGCUCCAGCAGUAAUCUCGCUGUGGCGCAGAAAGCCGUCAAACAGCUCCGGAUAGAGGCGAAAACACGACGAAUUAACGUGUCUCAAGCGGCUACUGACCUGAAGAACUUCUGCCUGCAGAAUGCCCAUAAAGACCCGCUGCUGGUGGGGGUGCCGUCCAGUGACAACCCCUUCCGCCCCCCGAAAUCCUGCGGUCUGCUUUGAGAGCUGCUGAAGAUGUUUUGGAUUAUGUAGCUGACCUCAAGUCUGUCUCUACUUUCACACUACGCCAUGAAGGCCUCCUACACACAGACAGACACACACACACACACACACACACACACUGUGUCUCGGUACGAUCUGUUAUUGUAUGCACAUUUAACAUGAAUAGGAGAACACACUCUUGCUGCUGCUGUCCCAGAAUGCCUUGUUUUGUUUCUCCAUCUAUUGCACUGGACACAAUUUUAUUUUUGGUUCACAUUUUAUAAAACACUUCAUUGUCAGAUUUCUGGACGUCCAUAUUCAUGAAGUUGGAGUUUUUGUCCAUAAUAAUUAUUACUAAGAGACUUUAUAGGAUAGUUGUUUACUAAUUUAUAGGCGGAAUAAACCGUUUGGUGUAAUCCACUGAAUGAAUAUGUUGCAUUUGUACUUUAUACUCUUUUUUUUUUUUUCAAUGUCUUUUUGCUAAA